AACGCUGCUGCUGGAGCGGGGAAUGAUGGCGGUGAGCAAGAAGAAGGGACAAGUUUGAGACUGUAAAACUGGGGCAUUGUGGGCGAUAUUUUGGUGCCUAACACGAUGAAGUUGAGAAAAGAUGUCUUCCCUGUGAGUGUUUAGUUGGGACAGCAGUGCUCAAAAGAAGCUCCACCAGUACCCAUGGCACUGCUUGCAUAAAGUUGAGGGAAUCUAGUUCACCAACAUACAGCAUACGUCUCUCCAUAUCCAGCUUUUUUCUAAUUGGGCUGCAGUCAUUAUCAAACAAAAAAAAUGAUCAAAGCGGAGAGCAAAGGAGGCGAGAGGACCCUGAGGAGCGCGUCCCCUCAUAGAAAUGCAUACAAGUCUGACUUUCACGCCAUUAAGUGUUCCUUUGAUGGGCAAAAAUCCGACGGCCCCGCCAAAUCAUAUGCAAAUGGAUCCAGCGACACCCGAGAGGACUCAAGGGGGAGGCCUUUCGGGACAAGGGUGAACAAGAUCAAGAACAUAUUUCUACAGAUGGAUGGCCAACAACAGGAGAGCCAAGAAGUGAAAGUGGCUGUGAAGUCGGAGGUGACCCAGGUGUCCCCAACGAAGGCGCAACUUCCAGUUAACACUCCAAGAGUUAACUUUAACAGUCCUGCCAGCCCAGAACCACAAAAUGUAGAUAAAACACCCAAGGUGGAGCCUGAUGUUGAGAUUGACAAAGUGGCUCUGGCAGAGAAGUUUUCUUCUACCAGAAAACUCUUUGAAAGGGGCGCCAAAGAUCAGCCUGCAGCAGAAAAGCAGUCUCCAAACAGAGUAGUAAACCGUUUGUCACUUGGAAGUGCUUCUGAUGAGGGGAAAAGCACAAGGAGAGUAUCAGGAUCCUCAGACACCACCAUAAAAACAGACCAACCCCCUACACCAACAGCUGAAAGUCAAGUUGAUGGGAGCAUUGAGGGUGACAAAAAGCAUGUGACUAGAGUGUCAUUAAAUGCAGGACCCAUAUCCAAAAGGUUGGACAAUUAUAUUGGAGAGAAUGACUCAGAAGACACCAACAAAGCACCUGCAAAGGGAGGAAUUGUGUCAGCUAAACAACACUGUGCCACUGAACACUCCCUACCUAUCUCUACGACUAGGGACAGCCUGCACAAAUCUCCUCCUGUUAAAGAAGCCACUAACUUCACGCCUGGGACUGAUGCCACUAAGAAAAAGACAUCGCCAACGUGUGUCAAACCAGCAACUUUGGGGGCUAGCUUGGGGCCAAAACCAGCAUUCCCAGCCACCAACGCAGCAUACAAAUCUGUUUCUCCAACAGCUGAUGCUACAAGGAAACCCCUCUCAUCAGAGCAAACAACCCCAGUUAGCCAUGGGUACAAACACUCCUCAUCAUCCAGUGAUGGAUUUAACAGGACAUCUGUUGGUAGGGAUGAAGACAAGCCCCAAAGGGAUGCAAAGCAGCCUCCUCCAUCAGCUGGUGUUUUUCAGAACACCAACAGGGCUGAAAAAGCAAAGAUUAAUGACAGUGUGGUGCAUAGUCCUACCAGAGAAAAACCUCCCAGCCAGACCUCCUCACUGGACUCCAGGGGGGUGGGUAUGGUCCGGGCAGAACUAGUGGUUGUACAAAACGAGUCAUCCGAGAGUGAUGAGGAUGAGAAUGUUGAAGAUAACGUGUUUGAGGAGAAGGAGGUGCAAAGCCCCAAAGAUCUGCCUGCUGACCUAAAAAUGACGUCCCCAACUGAAAAGCAGAACUGUAACCCCGCUCAUCAAGUCUUAGCAAGAGACGGAGCGAAAGACACACAAAGGAUAGCCGAAACUGUGGGCGAAGGUAGAGUCCUGGAGGACAACAAUCAAUUUGUGAAAGAGGAGAGUUCAUUUGUGGAUCAAGAUGGCGAUGCUAAUUGUGAAGAAGAAGAAGAUGAUGAUGAGGUAGCAGAGGAGGAGAGUGAGCCAGAGGAGCAGGUGGAAGAGUACAUCCUGGAUCGAGUCUCGCCAGUGGUGUACGGUAUAGAGAAUGCAGCAUUUGUGGAUGACAGAGAUGUAGAGCAGGUCCUCAGGGAAGAAGAUGAAGAGAAGGAAGAAGGAGAUGAGGAGGAGGAAGAAGGAGAUGAGGAGGAAGAUGGCGUGUAUAGGGAGUAUGAUGACUGUUAUGAGGCCCCUGGUCUGUCGGAUGAGGAAGAACCUCCCACAAAGAGGAAAAUCAAGUUCUCCACAGACCCCAUCCAGGUCUUCAGCACCUUCUCCAACGAGGAUUAUGAUCGGCGCAAUGAUGAUGUGGACCCAGUCGCAGCAUCUGCAGAGUACGAGCUGGAGAAGAGAGUGGAGAAAAUGGAUGUGUUUCCUGUGGAGAUAGAGAAAGGAGACAAUGGACUUGGCAUCAGUAUUAUAGGAAUGGGAGUAGGGGCCGACCAGGGUCUUGAGAAGCUUGGCAUUUUUGUGAAGACCAUAACAGAGGGAGGAGCAGCUGAGAAUGAUGCACGCAUCCAGGUGAACGACCAGAUAGUGGAGGUGGAUGGGAUCAGUCUGGUGGGAGUCACUCAGCUGUUUGCAGCUACAGUCCUGAAGAACACCAAAGGCACAGUGAGAUUCCUAAUUGGACGGGAGAAGCCAGGGACACAAAGUGAGGUUGCUCGCCUCAUAAGCGAGACACUAGAGCAAGAGAAGAACCAGCAACAACACCACCUGGAUGACCACUAUGAACAUUCAACAGAGGAGGAGGAGCGCUAUGAAGAGGACGACGGAGCAGAUGAGAGGAUUCUGGGCUCUAAUUUCUCUCCAGGGCGGAGCGUAGAGGUGUUCGAGCUGCCUGAUACGGAGGCUUUGUUUCUGCCGAGCAACAUGGACAGCUCCCAGAUGGGCUUUAAGUUCAAAGAGCUGCAGCUCAAACACGGUAUUGCCACAGCUGAAAUAAAUCAACUCAAAGAAAAGCUAAGAGCAUCUGAGGAGGACAGAUCUUUGUGGGAAGCCAGGGAGUCCGCACUGGAGCAAAAGCUCGAGGAUGGCAACGAAAAAAUCCUGAAGUUUGAGAGUUACUGGCUGGAGGCCCAGGCUCUGUGUAAGAGUGUGAAUGAACAAUUAGCUGAGACUCAGACCCAGCAUGAGACCCUGGACAAGAAGUACAACAAGGCUAAGAAACUGCUCAAGGACUACCAACAGAAAGAGAUUGACUUUGUGAAGAAAGAGGAGGAGCUGAAAAAGGUUCUAGAUGAAAAGGACAAGUGGUACAAAGAGCAGCUGGAGAGUUUGCAGAACAGGAUAUCCAUCCUGGAGUCAAAGAGAGACUCGGGUUCAGAAGCUCAAAGUGGUCAAGACUCAGCAACUGAUGGGACAUUGAGUGUUCAAGACUCAGUUACCAACACACAAUCUGUUGACUCACUACUAGAGCAAGACUGGAGUGAGUUGGUCCCUGAGACAGAACGUCUGGACACCAGUGCACACAGAGCAAGAGGCCUGCUGGCUCAGAAAGCCAAACGUCAGCCACCUUCUCGGAGCAAACUGAAGGAGAGCCUUGCAGUGGCUCCAAGUCACUCUCAGGAAACUGAAGAAGAUGAGCAGCAGGAGGAGCAGGAAUCUCCCAGGAGGAGGAGGUCCAUCCAGGAGAGCCUCUCCCUCCCAGUGCCCGUCUGCUACCCUGGGAAUGGACAGAAAGAAGGCCCAGCAGAGGCCAGAGAUGUUGCCAAGACCAAGACAGAGCUGUCCAGCAGCCCGUCUUUAUCGCACUCACUGGGAGACAGUGUUGAAAGCAGCGGGAGCCCCACUUUGUCUCCGCCAAAAGACGCCUCGUCCCCACACUCCCCCUCUGGAUUCAUGCGCAAUGUUAAGAAGAGGGAGUCCAAAGGGAAAGGCAAAGAGCUCAAAGAGGAGCUGAAUGAGCCCUCAUCAGCAGCAGGGAAACAUAAGAGAAGAUUUCCAGACUUUGGAGGCUUGCGGAAGUCUGGUGGCAAAGGAAAAAAACAUGACAAGGAAGCAAUGAGAGCAUCUUUGGACAGCAGGGGAUCGGCAGAGUUGCUGGAGGAAUCUGGAGGGAACCUGUCUCCAGCAGAGUCAAUGUCUUCUAUCCCUACCUGUAUGCCCUUCUCCUGGUUUGGAGACAAAGAGAGGGACAGGGACAGAGAGCCCUCAUCCUCCAGCAGCAGUCUUCCAUACACUGCAAAUGAGAACAGCAGUGAACAAAGCCAGGAUCGCAAGAAUAAGACAAAUCUCUCCUGGUCCUCUUUAUUCAGUCGAUCAUUAGAUUUGAGUUUUUCAGUCAUAGAUGAUUCUAACCCUGCCAGUCCCAGUACAGACAUCUCUGGGUUAGUUGCUGAACCCAAUCUGUCUGGGCGCUCACACACUUUAAUCUUCUCUUCCAGCGAGACUCUGGAUGAUGAGCCGGUAGCUCCAGGAAAAGAGUAUCAGUGGCAGAACCGGCCUGUGAGUGAUUGGACCAAUCAGCAGGUCUGUCACUGGUUGAUGGGCAUGAAUAUGGACCAAUACACACCUGAAUUCACAGCCAAGGGAGUGGACGGCCUGCAGCUUUUGAACCUGGACAGUGACAGACUGAAGGCCCUCGGUGUAUCAAGUCAGAGCGACCGUUCUACUAUCAAGAAGAAGCUGAAGGAGAUGCGUAAGGCUCAGGAGAAGCUGGAGAAACAGAGAGAGAAAAAGGAGAAAGAGGGUCGACGCAGUGGAAGGCUGCCAGCCAGCACUGACUCAGUCUGCUGAGGAAGAGGCAGCUCUGUUCUUUACUUCCAUGCAGCUCAUAAAGUUCAUCCCAAGCAGAAUCCCAAGCAACCCUUUUUUAUACUGUGGUGCCAUGACGCUUAUGUCACAUGGUGUUUACGUGAAUAACCAGAGAGUUUGACUGCCAGUGAUGUCCCUGUUCUGACUGAGGUGCCAGAUGUGAGUCAUAUUCAAACUGCAGCUCAUUUUUUCUUCUUUUAUCAGUUUCAAACAUUUAACUCAAACAUUUUAACUUAAAGUCGAGGAAUGUUAAAAGUCGGAUAUGUGACCAAAAAAGGAACUUUUUUUUUUACCACUAAAAGCUAGAGGCUGUUAUUAGAAGUCUGUGUAAGAUCAGAGGUAGUGUCUGCAGAUUGUGCACAUGUUUGUCUAUGGAAGUAAGAUGUAUACUGCUUUUUUCAACAUUUUAUAUUUUUGCUAGAUGAACUGGUCUCCAUGCAGGAACAGUUAUUGUACAGUCAGAUAAAAGCACUAUAUUUGUCUUUUAAGCUUCAAAGGGCGACAAGGUUUUAAAUGUAUGAAUAUGUUUUAUACAUGUGCCUAUUAACUGCAUAUCUUCUUUUUUUUUUACUUAAAUACCAUUGUUCAUUUUAUAUUAUCUAAAUUUUCUACUAAGUAGAAUAGCCAUGCUGUUGAUUUGCUGGUGAAAAAAAGUAACAAAAAAAAUCAAGUAGGGACGAUGUGAAUGCUGCUCUCGCUGUCCCUGACUCUGCCUGUGUGUCGCUGGAAUGGGACUCUGAUGCUCCAUGUAAAUACACAGCAUGCAGGUCUGCUACACACACACACACACACCUCAUAGGUUUGUAAGAUGUGCCUACGACAAGGACUUGUGGGAAGUCGGGAGCACAGCGUCACGUAUGAAAUGCGAGGCUGAAAGAUGAAUUAUUCAGAGUCAAACCCAAGUGCUUCUUCUUCUUCUUCCUUUUCUCAAGCAUGACUCCAUGUCCUGUAAAGAGUACGACAUGUUGGACUGCGAGAAGGUCAUGUUUUUCACUUUCUCUGAACCGAGAGACAUUUCUCGGUACAGACAGCAUCAAUAAACUAAUUUUCACUUUA